AACAAGUGGACCGACCAGACCGUGAGCUGUGUGGGAAAUGAGACCCGAGCCAGAUCUUCGGCCGGCGGUUCCUUACUGGUCUGACCGCGCUUCUUUUGAGAGGAGACGAGCUGUUUUCCUGUGACUUUCGGGCUCUUUCGGCUGAGAAACGCCACAGACGCGCGCUGAGGUUUUCUGAUUAAUUAACCGGAUCGAUGUGGACGCAGCGUUGAAGCUGCCAUAUUGUCUUCACGGUUAAAGUUUGUUCCUGUGGGAUAAAGAGAGGACACACUGAGACACAGCUGAUCCGAAGAGGUCAGACGUUCCCUGACCCAGAUCCCCUGCAGGAGGACAUGGAGGUCCUGCGGCGGUCCUCUGUAUUUGCUGCAGAGGUCCUGGAUGUGUUUGACCGGUCGCUGACUGAGAAGGAGCUGGUGUCCCAGUCUAAAGCCUUGUGCAGGGACUACAUACUGUCAAGGCUCAACCAGAAUGGACUGGGAUGGUCCAAAAGUGAACUUAACCUCUCUCCCUCAAACGCAGCACUGGCUGAAGUGUCGCUGGUGCUUCUCUGUCUUGGUGACGAGCUGGAGUGUAUACAACCCAGCUUGUACAGGAACGUGGCGCGGCAGCUCAGCAUAUCUGUCGCCAUGGAGACGAUGGUUUCAGAUGCCUUCAUCGGCGUUUCGACAGAGAUCUUCUCAACAGGUAUAACAUGGGGUAAGGUGGUCUCCAUGUAUGCAGUAGCCGGAGCCCUGGCAGUGGAUUGUGUCAGACAAGGCCAUCCAAGCACCAUUCACAUCCUCGUGGACAGUCUAGGCCAGUUUGUCCGCAAGUUUCUGGUUCCCUGGCUGAAGAGACGGGGAGGAUGGGCGGAGAUCACGAAAUGUGUGGUGAAGAAGGAUCUCACUCCUGAACACCACUGGCUGUCGUCUACCGUCGAGUCCCUGAAGUACUUCCUCACUACAAUAUACGUCUACAUCAUGAAGGAACCGUGAACAGCCGAGACAGCGUGCACAGAAGUCAUCAUCAUUAUCAUCAUCAUCAUUGUUGGAUAUAUGGGAAUGAAAUCUCAGAAUAAACGAUGGAGUGGAGAUGGUGGCUGUGCUUGAUGGGGACUGAGCCUGCCAGCAGAUCAGUCUGUCGCUGAAUGGCCAUCAACAAAUGUUUCAUCAGCAUCAUGUUUGUGUCAUCUCUGUGUCAGAUGAGUCCGUGAGUGAUUACCCUUCGUCCAAAGAGUAGUCACGGUGAUAUUUAAAAGCAUAAAUGACGAUGGAACAAGUUUGUGUCACUCCGCCUCUUCUACGUGUUGUCACGCUGCUUACGUACAUCGGCGCAGUAAACCAGGCUUCUCCAGUGUUGUAACUGUAAUGUACGAUGGUGUUCAGGCUGAAUGUGUGCAACGGGAGGCGGUUUGCGCUCCUGAGAUAAACGAUCCAAUGCUUUCAUGUGACGUUCGUGUCAGAAAAUAUACCUGAAGGAGCAAAGAAGACGAAAGCCCCGCUCGAAAUGAAAACUGAUGCUCAGCUGGCUGGGUUUUGAUAGAGUGACAUCAACGGCUUGCACUUCAUGGGUUGCAUUUACACUAUUGUACUUUACAAAAGCACAAUCAGUGUCUCUUUCCAAAUAUGAUCCAAAACUUUGUGACCUAUUAAACUUUCUGCUGCAACUUUAGACAUCAUUGACUAUGAAAUGUUGGGUCUCAUUUUGCCCAUUUUUGGCCAAAGACCUUAAGGACAGAGGAAUGGUACGUACCGCAUCCACAUGUUUUGGUGGUACUGAUUUCCCUUUUCAAUCUGUAAAUAGUUUAUUUAUGAUUUUAUUUUUUUAUUUUCAUGAAGACUUAAGCCAGUGCAGUAUAAAGACCGCCACUAUGACGGCUCUUCAGGAUGAUUGUGUGGUAUGCUUGAUGGCUGUUUUCACAGUGUUCACAGUGUUAAUUUAUAAAUGUCUGAGUGUUUUUUUUUAAAUACAUAAUAAACUUAAAAUCUUCACCCAUGCACUUAUGUUGAUUAUUUUAUGAUACUUUA